CCAGUGAUCGGCCGUGAGAUAAUACUCCAUCAAUGCUUCUUCUCUAUCUAACUACUUCGGCCUCAUCUCUAUAAAUAGCAAUCGUCGCCGUCCCACGCUCUCCGCACCCAACACGAGUAGUAACCUUCUCAGCUAUUUUCUGCUCAUUGAAAUUCUCCCUCUCCUUUUUAAUUUCAUCAUGCCGGAAGCACCAAAGCUACCGCCGCCGGCCACUCUUCCUCGAGUAGAAAGCGAUGCCGCACCCGAGGAUCACCGGAAGGCCCUCGAGUUCAUCGAGGAUGUCACCGCAAACGCCGACGGAGUUCAACGGCGCGUGCUCCUCGAGAUCCUCUCGCAAAACGCUCCCGCCAAGUAUUUGCACCGGCACGGGCUGUCCGGGCGCUUCGCCUCCGACCCCGAGGCCUUCAAGCGCCUCAUCCCGCUCGUCACCUACGAAGAAAUCCAACCCGACAUUCUCCGCAUCGCCCAGGGAGACACCUCCCACAUCCUCUGCGGCCGUCCAAUCUCAGAAUUCCUCACAAGCUCGGGAACAUCCGGCGGCGAGAGGAAGUUGAUGCCGACGAUAGAGGAGGAGCUGGACCGGCGGUCGCUUCUAUAUAGCCUGCUAAUGCCGGUGAUGAGUCAAUUCGUGAGGGGCCUCGACAAGGGCAGGGGAAUGUACCUGCUGUUCGUGAAGUCGGAGGCGCGCACUCCCGGCGGCCUGGUCGCACGCCCCGUUCUAACAAGCUACUACAAGAGUCGUCACUUCCUCAAUCGCCCCGCCGAUCCGUACAACUUGUACACCAGCCCCAACGAGACCAUCCUCUGCCAGGACUCCUACCAGAGCAUGUACGCCCAACUCCUCUGCGGCCUCCUCCACCGAUCCGACGUCCUCCGCGUCGGCGCCGUCUUCGCCUCCGGCUUCAUCCGCGCCAUCCGCUUCCUCGAAAAGCACUGGUCGCGCCUCUGCCGCGACAUCCGCACCGGCGAACUCGACCACGAGAUCACGGACCGGGCGGUGCGAGAAGCCGUGGGGCGCGUGCUGCGCCCUGAGGCUGAGCUGGCUGACCUGAUCGAGGCGGAGUGCAGCAGGAAAUCCUGGCAAGGAAUCAUUCCAAGGCUGUGGCCAAACACCAAGUACGUGGACGUCAUCGUCACCGGCGCCAUGGCCCAGUACAUCCCCACGCUCGACUUCUACAGCAACGGCCUGCCGCUGACGUGCACCAUGUACGCCUCCUCCGAGUGCUACUUCGGCCUCAAUUUGCAACCUUUGAGCAAGCCCGAUGACGUUGCCUACACCUUGAUCCCCACCAUGGCCUACUUCGAAUUCCUCCCCGUUCCAAGUGCCAGCUGCUGUAAGAGUACCGACUUUGAUCACCGAGAUUUGGUCGACUUGGUCGACGUCAAGCUCGGGCAAGAGUACGAGCUCGUCGUCACCACUUUCGCUGGUUUGUACCGUUACCGCGUGGGCGACGUUCUGAGGGUGGCGGGAUUCAAGAACAAGGCGCCGCAGUUCAAGUUCAUACGGCGGAAGAACGUGGCGCUGAGUAUCGACUCGGACAAGACGGACGAGGUGGAGCUGCACGCGGCGGUGAGCGCCGCGGUGAGCCACUUGGAGCCGUUCGGGGCGUCGCUGGUGGAGUACACGAGCUACGCGGACACGCGCAGCAUCCCGGGGCACUACGUGCUUUACUGGGAGUUGCGGGAGGAACCGGGGACUACGACUGUGCCGGCGUCGGUAUUCGAGGACUGCUGCCUGGCGGUGGAGGAGAGGCUGAACAGCGUGUACCGGCAGGGGCGGGUGUGCGACAAGUCGAUAGGGCCGCUGGAGAUCCGGAUGGUGGAGGAGGGUACCUUCGACAAGAUGAUGGACUUCGCGCUGAGCCAGGGAGCGUCCAUUAACCAGUACAAGGCACCGAGGUGCGUACGGGCGGGGCCAGUGGUGGAGCUUCUCGACGCGAGGGUGCGCUCCAACUUCUUCAGCCCCAAGUGCCCCAAGUGGGCGCCGGGCAACAAGAAGUGGAGCAAGCUCCUCGACGCUGCAAAUUGAGUUAAUAAUUAAUUGACUGAUACAGUUCUUGCCUCCGCCCGCGACUCAAUUUAAUCGGCGAGAUGAUUUUGCUGAGUUACAUAGUUCACAGAGUAGUCAGCCAUCUUCCCGGCCUUUAAUUCAUCCUCUGCACUCCAUCCCAUCCGUGCCAUCUUUUGCACGCUUUUAUUUCGUAGCACCGUGUACUUGUUAAUGUCGAAGUUGCUACCUAGCUGUUCAUCUGAAACUUUUUUUUUU